ACCGUGGUCGUUAUCCAUCGGAUUCAUUUUCUUAACCAUGGUUAGUUGAUUUUAUAUCACUGCUAUUUAAGAAGAAGCUGGGCCUCCCUUUAGGACAUCAUUUCCCGAAAUUAAUAUCCUCCAUCUUCUUAACUUUUGGAUUAUUCCAAAAGCAGCGUCGAACGCCAUCUUCAAAAGUGAGAGGGAAAUGGCAAACGACGCGUACGAGGAAGCCAUUGCAGGACUGCACAACCUUCUGAGUGAGAAAAGUGAGGUGAAAGCGGCAGCCGCCGUGAAAGUGAGGGAGUUGACGGCGGUGUUGGCUGAGAAGGCGGUGUUUGACCCGGACGAGAGAAUCCGCGCUGGGUUCGAGCAUUUUAAGAAAGAAAAUUAUGGGAAAAACCCUGAUUUGUAUGGUGAACUUGCCAAAGGCCAAAGUCCCAAGUUCAUGGUAUUUGCUUGUUCAGAUUCCAGAGUAUGUCCUUCCCAUGUACUCAAUUUCCAACCUGGUGAGGCCUUUAUGGUCCGUAACAUUGCUAGCAUGGUCCCACCAUUUGAUCGGAAGAAAUAUUCUGGAGUGGGGGCUGCAAUUGAAUAUGCAGUAAUUCAUCUGAAGGUGGAGAACAUAUUGGUGAUUGGGCACAGCUGUUGUGGUGGAAUAAAGGGUCUAAUGUCCAUCCCUGAUGAUGGGACCACUCAAAGCGACUUCAUAGAAGAAUGGGUUAACAUCUGCAAGCCGGCCAAGACUAAGGUUAAGGCAGAAUGUAACAAUUUGGAUUUCAGCGAACAGUGCACUCAUCUAGAGAAGGAAGCGGUCAACGUUUCUCUGGGGAAUCUUUUGACCUAUCCAUUUGUGAGGGAAGCUGUUGUGAAGAAGACUCUUUCAUUGAAAGGUGGACACUAUGACUUUGUCAAGGGCUCAUUUGAACUUUGGAACCUCGACUUCAACCUCUCUCCUUCCAUGACUGUAUGAAGGUCCAUAAGAGAUUUUCAUGCAUAAUUUAAUGUUAUUUCGAGCACUAUUUUUCCUUUUCUUGUUUUAUUAUCUCUGCUUUGUGGAGUUACUGUUGACAGUUUUGCUCUACAUGUUUAUGUUGGCCAGAACUUGUGUCUGAAAGAUUUAAAACCUUUGAAUUUGUCAAUUUCAUUAGACUUUUUACUAGCGGAGAUCAUUUUAUUUUUACUAAAUAUUAAAUAGUAUUUUAUCUUAUGCUAUUAUAUUAGUUG